AUGGCGCCCAUUGCUGUGACGCCGGAUAGCUCAACCGCCAGUCCUUCUGGCGACAGCUGGAACAGUUACUUUCACGUGCGUAAUGGUGACAGCCAUAACAUCAUCAGCAACAAGGGCCAUGAUCAUGGCGAAAACGCCCUCUCGGCAGCCGUAGGGAAUGACCAUGGCAGCUGGACUGCCGAACCUGGGAUCGGCUUGAGUUCCCCUCUCCCUCCCCCGGGCCAUGUUCGAGAUAUGCCCAUAGCCAUUGUUGGGAUGGCCUGUCGGAUGCCUGGCAAUGUCUCUACUCCGGCCGAAUUCUGGGAGCUCUGCACUAGGGCCCGGUCUGGCUGGUCCGAAACUCCCAAGCAGAGAUUCAACAGUGCCCGCUUCCAUCAUCCCAACCAGGGCAAAGGCGGCACUCUGAAUCCCGUCGGCGGCAACUUCUUGAAUGUCGACCUGGCUGCCUUUGAUGCUCCAUUUUUUGGUUUGACUGAAAAGGAGGCCAUUUCCAUGGAUCCCCAGCAGCGUCUUCUUCUCGAAUGCACCUUUGAAGCCCUCGAAAAUGCUGGCAUACCAAAGCAUACCAUUGCCGGAAAGGACGUUGGCGUUUUUGUCGGCGGUUCUUUUCCCGAGUACGAAUCUCAUCUCUUCAGAGACCCAGAUACCAUACCUAUGCACCAGGCGACCGGUUGUGCAUAUGCCAUGCAGUCCAACCGCAUAUCCCACUUCUUCGACCUACGAGGCCCCAGUUUCACGGCCGAUACAGCAUGCUCCUCUAGCAUGGUAGCCAUACACCUGGCUUGCCAGAGCUUGCGAACCGGUGAAUCUAGCGCCGCUUUGGUCGGCGGCUGUCACCUCAACAUGCUUCCCGAGUUCUGGAUCUCCUUUUCGACUUGCAGACUGCUCUCGGAUGCCGGCCGUUCAUUUUCUUUUGACAAUCGCGGCACGGGGUUUGGCCGUGGAGAGGGCUGUGGCAUGAUUGUCCUGAAGCCACUGGACCAAGCCAUAAAGGACAAGGAUCCCAUCAGGGCAGUCAUUGCCGCAACUGGUCUCAACCAAGAUGGCAAGACGCCCGGCAUCACUGUGCCACAUGGGCCAGCGCAAGAGGACCUCAUACGCAAAGUAUAUGGCAGGGCUGGCCUCGACCCGAAUUUGUGCGGCUUCGUCGAGGCCCAUGGAACUGGCACUAGGGUUGGUGAUCCCAUCGAAGCCACUGCCAUUCACAAUGUUUUAGGUCAAGAGAGAAGCCCACGCAACCCCCUAUGGAUCGGCUCUGUGAAAUCCAACAUUGGCCAUCUGGAAGGGGCCUCCGGUAUUGCCGGUGUCAUUAAAGCAGCCCUUAUGCUUGAGCGGGGCUUCAUCCUUCCAAACCAUGAUUUUAAGCAGCCAAACCCGAGGAUCCCCUGGAAAGAAUGGAAUUUAGAGGUCCCGGUGACCCAGAGGCCGUGGCCGCGCGGCAAAAAGUACAUCAGUGUCAAUAAUUUUGGUUUUGGUGGCACAAAUGGCCAUGUUGUACUGACAGCCGCACCAUUCCUGCGUUCCAGAACUUCGGGGUCCUCCCAUGAUGACACCCUUAUGGCUUCGGAUAAGUCAGGGCUGGGCCGCAAGCUUUACGUCGUCACGGCUCAUGACAAGGCCGCCCUUUCGCAACAGAUGAAGAAUAUCGUGGUCUACCUUGAGCAGAGGCCCGAGAUCUUCCAAGUAGAUCUAACCAGCAACCUUGCUUACACGCUUGGGCAGCGGCGGUCCCUCCUGCAAUGGAGAGCUGCCAUUCCCGCUAUCAACUCAUUUGAGUUAAUCGAAGCUAUCAAUGGAGAAAAGGCGAUAACCGGUAAAGAAAUCGAGCCUCUUAGACUUGGUUUUAUUUUUACCGGUCAGGGUGCUCAAUGGUAUGCCAUGGGUCGGGAAUUGUACGAGCAGUAUCCAACGUUCAGUGCGAGUAUUUUGCAGGCUGAUGCCUGUUUAAUCGCUUUCGGGGCGGAAUGGUCACUUGUUGAGGAACUCGGAAGAGAUGCCAAAACCAGCGGGAUCAGUGAGGCACACAUUAGCCAACCAUCAUGUACUGCAGUACAACUAGCACUUGUUAACUUGCUACGAGGCUGGGGCCUGCGGCCAACUGCUGUUGCAGGCCACUCGAGUGGUGAGAUCGCUGCUGCAUAUGCUGCGGGCAUCAUUGAAUUUGAAUCUGCCAUGGCAAUUGCCUAUCAUCGAGGUAGACUGAUUCCUAUCCUCAAAACGAAGUACCCUGAGCUUCAGGGUCGCAUGAUGGCGGUUGGAGGAAGCAAGAAGGAAUUCACAACCCUUAUCGAAGGACUACAAGCGAAGGAAGUCCGAAUUGCUUGCUACAAUAGUCCUUCCAGUUUAACUAUUUCCGGCGAUGAACCUGCCUUGGCCGAAUUGGAGAGGAUUUGCGAGAAGAGGCAGCUGUUCAACAGGCGUCUGGUCGUCGACGUCGCUUACCAUUCCCACCACAUGAACUUGGUCGCCAAGGAUUACCGUGCUUCCAUCGCCAACCUUCAGCCGCCAGCUCGAACUGACGUGCAGUUUCACUCUUCUCUGUAUGGCCAUCCUGUUGACAGUACCGAUUUGCAGCCUAACUACUGGGUUGACAACUUGACUUGUCCUGUACGUUUCAAUGAGGCGCUGCAGAGCAUGCUUGCGCCGGUCGGCGAGCAUAAGCACGGGGUCAACAUGCUUGUCGAGCUCGGCCCCCAUUCCGUGCUUCAAGGACCAGUCAAGCAGAUACUCAAAGAGGUCGGUGGAAGUGCACCAAAAAUUCCAUAUGCUUCUGUUCUUGUUAGAAAACGAAACGCCGUCGAGACCGCUCUGGAACUUGCCGCACAGUUGUUCACCAGAGGGGCAAACCUUGAUCUUGGUGCCGUCAAUUUUCCAAAGACAACCAAACCACCAACGCUGCUGACAGAUUUACCACGGUAUCCCUGGAACCAUUCAAUCAGGUAUUGGCAAGAAUCUCGUAUGACAGAUGUGCAUAAGAACGCGGUUGGUUCAAGGAGCGACAUUAUCGGUACCUUGGCCAGCUACUCGAGCGAUUUAGAGCCCACAUGGCGCAACAUCGUUCGUCUGGACGACCUGCCCUGGCUGCGCCAUCACAAAAUUCAAUCCUUGAUCAUGUAUCCCAUGUCCGCAUUUCUUGCGAUGGCUGUGGAGGCCGCCUCCCAGAGGGCGAGAAGCAAACACUGCUCAUUCGAUAGGUUUCAGAUGAGAGAUAUUGCCAUAAAAAAGCCCCUAGCGAUACCAGACAACGACAUCGAGGUUACAAUCAGUCUCCGUCCGCACCAAGAGGGUAUCUUUGUUUCAUCCGAGACGUGGGACGAAUUCAGGGUUUGCUCAUGGUCUUCUGGUCAAGGUUGGAUAGAGCAUUGCGUCGGUUUGAUCGCGACGGUGAAAAUUACAGAAAAUGAUGUGGUACAGGGCCCACAGACUGAUGAUGGCUUUGAAGACCACCUACAUUCUGUCGUCCCCACCAUCGACAACGCACAAUGGGCCUCGAUCGAUCCCCAGCAUAUGUACGAGACCCUCAACAAGCUUGGGGUUGUGUACGGGCCUACCUUUCAAGGUCUCGACAAUAUCAACGUGUGCGAUACACAGUCAACAGGAGAUCUUGUUGCUCCAGAUGUCGCCAAAGAGAUGCCGGGUGGGUAUUUGACCAAAGCCGUGAUACAGCCCGCAUUUCUCGAGUCGCUCAUUGGCAUGUACUGGCCGGUACUUGGAGCCGGACGCCGGCAAGUUGACACGAUUUACCUACCGUCCGCGAUCGAGUACGUGACCAUAUCUCGAAGAAUAACCCAACUGGCAAGCGAGCCAGGAAAUACGCUGCGCGCCAUUUGCAAGGGCGAGGUCGAUCCUGGCAUUCAUCGGCCGUUCAAGGUUCACAUGGUUGCGGCCCCCGCGGGUUCUCUGGAGAGCAUAAUUGCAAUCAAUGGCUUGACAGUCUCUCCUGUGCUGAACGAUGAUACUCGAGAGAAAAACAACACUCCCCGUGACCUCUGCUACAAACUUGAAUGGGAACACAUCUUGGAGCCUGAACAUGUGAGAAACCAGCUCCCUGUCGGUGCCCAAAUUGUGAUCAUUCACGAGGAUUCAAACUUUCAGUUGCUUGUCGCUCUGAGGUUGGCGAACGCACUUGAGCAAGCCACGGGGAGAUUACCUGAAGUCGGUAAGCUUGACACAGUUGAUGCAAAAGGAAAGACUUGCAUCUUCCUAAAUGAGCUGCAUCGUCCUCUCCUGGCCACCCUUUCGCCAUGGCAGUUCUCUAGCUUACAAAAGCUUUUGACCGGGGUUGAAGCCAUUCUGUGGGUAGUCAAGGGAGCCUACGACAAGUGCACCGAACCGGAAGCAUAUAUGGUUACCGGCCUGAGCAGGUCCAUCCGUUCGGAAACUGCACUUCGGUUUGCCACACUGGAUCUAGAUGCGGCCUCUCCCCUCUCGGAAGCCAAGGCCGCAGAGAUGGUUUUUUGCGUCUUCAACAUGGCUUUUGGGUCUGCUUCUUCGUCGAUGAGUGAACUGGAGUUUAUGGAGAGGGGAGGAUCGCUUUUCACUCCGCGUAUCACCCAUGACAGAGAAACUGACCAAGAAGUGCAAACCUUGACAAAUCCAAGAGCCUUAGAGCCAACCGCUUUUGGGGACGACGGCCGACUUCUGAGGCUAGAGAUAUCUGCGCCCGGUGCUUUACAUACACUUCACUUCGUCGACGAUCACUCACUGGAAGUGCCACUAGCAAUUGAUCAACUUGAGAUUGAGGUCAAGGCUGUCGGCUUGAGUUUCCGGGACGCCAUGGCUGCAAAGGGCCAAAUUCCCAUCACCAUGUCGGGUGCUGAAGCAAGCGGGAUUGUCGUCGCUGUUGGGAGCAGUAUCUCCGCUUUCAAGGUUGGCGAUCGCGUUGCAGCGCUCACGCAAGGCGCUUUUGCGACACGAACGAGGGCAACUGCAAGCUUAGCAAUCAAGGUCCCAGGACACAUCUCCUUUGAAGCAGCUGCCACACUGCCCCUUGGAUACUGCGUUGCAUACUACAGCCUGGUUGAUGUCGGGCGCUUGGCUGAGGGAGAAACAGUUCUCAUUCACCAAGCAGCAGGGGCCGUCGGUCAAGCAGCCAUUUGCCUCGCUCAGAUGAUUGGAGCUGAGAUUUUCGCAACGGUUGGGAGCGCUGAGAAGAAGGAGCUGCUCAUUAAUGAGUUCAGUCUUCCUUCCGAUCAUGUCUUGUACAGUCGCGACACUAGUUUUGGGCCUACUAUCCGCCGUGCUACAUAUGGCAAGGGGGUAGAUGUUAUCCUCAACUCGCUGGUUGGCGAUGGCCUACGGGAAUCCUGGAAAUCUCUCAGCAAGUUUGGACGGCUCGUGGAUAUAGGCAAGCGAGACUCUGCCUCAAAGUCUCGAACCGAAGUAUCCGCUGCCAAGAGAAACGCUAGCUUUGUUUCUGUUGACAUCUUUGCUCUGUUGGCCGAACGGCCAAAGGCUCUCAAACGCGUGUUUGCCGAUGUUGCCCGACUUCUCAGAUAUGGAAAGGUUCGGUCGGCGAGCCCGCUAUCUGUCUUUCCGGUUUCGGAUAUUGAGGGCGCAUUGAAGAUGCAACAAAGCGGCUCUCCUACUAUGGGCAAGGCAGUCGUGGCUCUAAGUGGGUCUGAUUUUGUCAAGGCCCCGCCAUCACGUCGGUUAAAGGACCUCCUUCAUUCCGAUGCAACAUAUAUCUUGGUUGGCGGCACCGGUGGUCUCGGAAGGAGUAUUGCGCGAUGGAUGGCAGGAAAGGGGGCGCAAAACAUCGUUCUUGUCUCGAGAAGCGCUUCCGUUACCGGCAAGGUCAAGGAACUUGCCGAAGACCUCUCUAUGAUGGGGGUGAGCGUUCAUGUCCGCCGCUGCAAUGUGGUCAACGAGACUGAAGUGGACGAGCUCAUUCGAACUGGGCUACAGGGGCUACCUCCUAUUAGGGGUAUUGUGCUCGGCACGAUGGUAUUACACGACGUUCUUUUCGAGAAAAUGACAUGGACUGACUAUACCGAAGUCAUCAAGGGAAAAGUUCAAGGUGGUUGGAACUUUCACCGUGCAUUGUUGACCUCGCCACUUGAUUUCUUCGUGGCCAUUUCUUCCGCAGCUAGUGCCGUGGGGAACCGUGGGCAAGCGGCAUAUAGUGCCGCAAACUGCUUUCUGAAUUCUUUGGUCCAGUACCGGCUUACCCUUGGUCUUCCCGCGUCAUCUCUUGACCUCACCGCUGUUUCCGACUCCGGCUAUCUGGCUGAAGACCCGGAAAAGGCUGCUGAGGUAGCCCGGAAUCUUGGUAGCGAUACGAUAUGCGAGGCAGAAGUCCUCGCCCUGUUGCAUGCCGCCAUUAGUGGAAAGCUCACGUUGGCCUGCAACAAUCAUACGAUUACCGGCAUGCGUAUUACCUCGACAAUGCGACCGUUCUGGACCGAUGAUGCAAAAUUCAAGACCAUGCGCAUGGCAGCAGAGGAUGAGGCUGCAAGAAAUGCAUCAUUGAACAUGGUUGUGUCGUUCAGUGCAACUUUGAAGAAUGCCAAAUCACUCAUCGAGGCCGAAGACGUCGUCUGCAAAGGACUGGUAGAGAAGAUUUCAUCUGUGUUAAUGCUUGAUGCGGAGGAUAUGGAUAUCACACGAUCUCUCUCACACUAUCCCCUUGAUUCUUUGGUUGCUAUCGAGAUCCGCAACUUCAUUACUCGUGACUUUGAAGCGAAUCUUCAGGUGCUGGAGCUUCUUUCAAGCGGGUCGAUUCAAACGUUAGCAAAGGCGGUAUGUGCAAAGUCUAAGAUCGUCUCAUUCUAAGGAUAGGGACGUGCUGGAUAUCACUAUGUCAUCUUGAUCUCUCCCUUAGUUUCUCUUUUAGUGCCUAUACACUGUACGUGAAAGCAAACAGCAAUAGAAGUAGCGCAGGGACACAAAAUUGUUCAUAUUUAUAGAUCAAUACAUAUUUCAAGAAAG